AUGAAUCCCAGACCGCUCAACGGACACAGCAAACCUUUUGACGACAACGAACCAGAAAGCGAGCUUAGUGAGCCCGAUAGCAACGUUCAUUCACCAUCAGGGGUGGGUCUGAAUGAUCAAGCCGGCUCUAUUAUCGUUCAUGCCAGUACUAACGGUGAUCUAAAGUCUUCUCCUCUUCGCGUCACUUCUGAAAACGACGACGAGACUAUGAAAGAUACCCAAAAUGAAGCCGCAGUUUCUCACUACCCUAAGCGCAAGCGAAACUCGGUCUUUACCGACCUCAGUGAGAGCAAGAUGGAAAUCUCCAAUGACGGAACAAAGAGUCCUCCUCUCGUACCGGGCCUCAAGUCCAAGCCAUCGCGACAGAGUCUGGGAACCGUCCGGGGCGUCUUGUUGGGCCACUGGAGAGACUCGCCAAUCCCUGAUCCCGAAGGUCGCCAUGCAGUGAUAGGCUUCAUUGACGUUCGUGACCGAUUACGUACUCGAAUCCAGCCUUAUACCGUUGCCAACGAGCCAAUCAGCAACGAGUACCCCAUGCCUCCGGGACCUGGCGGCAGCUGGGUUACUUUCGAACGCGUCGUCUUUUCCAAGCAUUUGGUUGGCCUUGACCACUUUCAAGUCAAAGAGUAUGUGAGGUUGCGAACUGACAUUCAGGAAGAGAAUGAGGAAGAACGCAAGACUGCGGAGAGAGCAGCAGUCAAGGAAGCCAUACGCAGAGUCAAAGAAAACCCUGCCUUUGAUAACCCAGCUACUCAGCCUGCCAUAGCCCACGGUCCUGAAUUGCCUGACUCGGCCUUUAGCCCCGGCCGCCCGGAUGCCAAGAGAAGACGCGUGAGCGGUGGCUUUGCCGCCAUCAACCCCGGCGGUAGCAAUAGCCCACCGGAGCGGUCGCCUUUGCUGCCAUCUCAGCCUGCUCUGCAACCUCGUCCACCCCAUGUUCCGAAGCUGCAUGGGCCUCUUCCAGGUACCCGGCCCACGCGAAUCUUGCUAGGUUAUUGGAAGGGCUCCAGCGAGGAAGACCCUAGGGAUCGUCACGCCGUGUACGGCAUUUUGGGUCAGAAUGAUAUGUUCAGAGUAAAAGUAGUUCGUGAAACUCGUGAUGGCCGAUUUGUCGAUGGCAACUUUCCCUCUGGUGCUGGCGCGCUCUGGAUUCAAUAUGAGGAGGUGGAAUUUGAACCACACCUCAAGCCGCUUCAGAGGUCGGAGAUUAAAGAAUAUUGCCGAGUCCGCCAGUAUCAACUGGAUCAAGGCGAAGUACCUGAAGACCGCAUUGGCAACGAAAUCAGGGCCGUACACGAAGCUCAGGCUCGAGCGGGCUCCGGUUAUAGACACAUUCACCAGCCCAUUGCUCCAUACCACCCUAUUGCUGCUGACGACUCAGACUUGGCAAAUGGCCGGUCAGACGUUGGUGGAGCUCAGCAUGAACUCCGGCAGUCGCGCCGCGGGGAAUCUCGGGCUGCUCCACGACAGUCUUUCAACGAAAACGACCUACGCCAGCCACGAGCUUAUGCCGAACAGGAGCCACAACGUCCAGACUCCCGAGCCACAAACCGCGGAAUGAACUCAGACGGGAUGGAGCGAACCAACGCCCUUGCUCGCAGGGAGAUUGCGCGAGUCGAAGCUGCGCAGGGCCGCGCCGACCGCCACGCCAUGCACCGAGAACGAGCCGCUGCUCUCGUCGCUGACGCUGCGGCUGCGGCUGCUGCCGCCUCGGAAGAUAUGCAGCGCCUGAAUAAGGUCUGGGCCCGCCAGGAGACUCUGCGCCUUAAGGCUGGCGCCGAAGACGCCAAGGUGUACGACGGCGUCAAGUAUGAGCGCAAGACGAAUGGGCCGUUUAUGGGCAAACUCGUGUCACAAGGAACUAUAAUUAACAUUGAUGGGGAAGACUAUGUUGAAUAUCGCGUCCUUACAAAGCCCUCUUUUUUUUAA